ACAGGACCGGCUUGUAGAAGGCACUCACUUGGGACUGCUUAGCCAGCUGUACAACUUUUAUUUUGAAGAAAAAAAGUUGAGCCUCUGAACAGGCUGUUUUAAAGACAGGGAGGGACUUAGCCUUGCCGGCUUGACCAGCAUAUGGAAGGAGAGCUCUCAUGGCUGCAAUAACUUAGGGGAAGUUCCUACCUGGGUGUCGCUUGGGGUAGGAAGGUUUCUGUUUGUUUUGUUCUGUUUCUGAGGGUCCUGUGUGUUUCCAUUGCCUGUAUCAACGUGACUCUUGGUGGGUUUUGCGCACCCUACUCUGUGGGGGAGUGCCCCAACGUGCCUGUCUUAUGUGGCCUCUAUGGACACACUGCCCAGCUGGCAGAGAGCAGGGAAGUUUUCUCCCAGCACCCAAAAAGAGAAAGAGGAAACUACUUUUUCCUUCUGGGAUCCUUGCAGCACAAUAGCUUCCACAUUCCCUCCCUGGAUUUCUGGAGUGCUUUCCAGGAAGAAGUUAAACCUUCAUCUUUAAAUGGAUGAGUAUGUCACAAUCAGGAAGAAACAUCUCCAAAGACCCAUCUUUCGACUAAGAUGCUUAGUGAAGCAGCUGGAGAAAGGUGAUGUCAACGUUGUCGACCUAAAGAAGAAUAUCGAAUAUGCGGCAUCUGUACUGGAAGCUGUUUACAUCGACGAGACAAGGAGGCUUCUGGAUACUGAGGAUGAGCUCAGCGACAUUCAGACCGACUCGGUUCCUUCGGAAGUCCGGGACUGGUUGGCUUCAACCUUUACACGGAAAAUGGGGAUGACGAAAAAGAAACCCGAGGAAAAACCGAAGUUUCGCAGCAUUGUCCACGCUGUCCAGGCUGGGAUUUUUGUGGAAAGGAUGUACAGGAAGAACUAUCACAUGGUUGGUUUGACAUAUCCUGCAGCUGUCAUAGUGACACUCAAGGAAGUUGAUAAAUGGUCUUUUGAUGUAUUUGCCUUAAAUGAAGCAAGCGGGGAGCAUAGUCUGAAGUUUAUGAUUUAUGAACUAUUUACCAGAUAUGAUCUUAUCAACCGCUUCAAGAUUCCUGUUUCUUGCCUAAUUGCCUUUGCAGAAGCUUUAGAAGUUGGUUACAGCAAGCACAAAAAUCCGUAUCAUAAUUUGGUCCAUGCAGCUGAUGUCACUCAAACUGUGCAUUACAUAAUGCUUCAUACAGGUAUCAUGCACUGGCUCACUGAACUGGAAAUCUUAGCCAUGGUCUUUGCAGCCGCCGUUCAUGACUAUGAACACACAGGAACUACAAACAACUUCCAUAUUCAGACGAGGUCAGACGUUGCCAUUCUGUAUAACGACCGCUCAGUUCUUGAGAAUCACCAUGUCAGCGCAGCCUACAGACUUAUGCAAGAGGAGGAAAUGAAUAUUUUGGUAAAUUUAUCUAAAGAUGACUGGAGGGAUCUUCGGAACUUAGUGAUUGAAAUGGUCUUAGCAACAGACAUGUCAGGCCAUUUCCAGCAAAUUAAAAACAUAAGAAGCAGCUUGCAGCAGCCUGAAGGGAUUGACAGAGCCAAAACGAUGUCCCUGAUACUCCACGCAGCCGACAUCAGCCACCCAGCCAAAACGUGGAAGCUGCACUACAGGUGGACCAUGGCCUUAAUGGAGGAAUUUUUCCUGCAGGGAGACAAAGAAGCUGAAUUAGGGCUUCCGUUUUCUCCACUUUGUGAUCGGAAGUCAACGAUGGUUGCCCAGUCUCAAAUAGGUUUCAUUGAUUUCAUAGUGGAGCCAACGUUUUCUCUCCUGACAGACUCGACAGAGAAAAUUGUUAUUCCUCUUAUAGAGGAAGCUUCAAAACCAGAGUCUUCUAACUAUGGGGCAAGCAGCUCGUCCACCAUGAUUGGGUUCCAUGUUGCUGACGCUCUGAGGCGGUCAAAUACAAAAGGCUGCAUGAGUGAUGGGACCUAUGCCCCAGACUACUCUCUGUCAGCUGUGGACCUGAAGAGCUUCAAAAACAACCUGGUGGACAUCAUUCAGCAGAACAAGGAGAGGUGGAAAGAGUUGGCUGCCCAAGGCGAACUUGAUCUUCAUAAGAACUCAGAAGACUUAGAAGAAAAGCAUGCUGACACACAUCCAUAGGUGUGAACGAACUUUAAGAGUUCAGUUAUUUUAAACACAAGAGGAAAAUGAAAGCAGCAUGAAAAACAUGCAAAGACCUUGAUUUUUCUGCAAAAAAAUAUAUGUUUGGCUCAGGCCAUUUUAGUCGACUCCUCCAUAAGGAACAAGAGCAUAAGUUUCACUCUUCUUAGCUCAGCAAAGCAGUACCUGCAAGUUAUCAUUAGGAUUCUGGCUGCUGUUUCUGCCAUCGUUCUCCCUCCAUGAUUUGGCCAUCUUCAAUGAAGCCAGAGAAAUCUGGAGACUUUCAACUUUCCGUCAUGUUUGACUUGGCCUGAAGACAGAAUGGUUUUCAAUGCACUUCUUGCACCGUGUCACUCAAGAGGACCCACAACCACACAAUUGUUAACAACACAAGGACAACAACAACAACAAGAAGAAAAUAAACGAAAGAGUAGAAGAAAAGCAAAACAAAAUGAUGAAAACCUGUUUUCUUGUGAUUCCAGUCUGGUAAGCCUGUCUUGUUUUAAAUGCAUGGGAAGAGAAUGAGAACCAAGGCCGUCUUCAGAAGUUGUUCAUGAAAUGCCAGUAGCAACUGACUGUAAGAACUGCCACACAGUGAUUGGAUGAACACCUCACUGGACCUCCAGCUGGGAACCUACCGUGCCAUCUUCCCCUGAUGCUAUCGCCCAGCCUGCGGCCAUCCAUUUGGAUUUAAGGCACUAGAGUAUCACCCGUGUGUAUGUGGUCAUAUCACAGGUUGUAGGUUGCUGAAGGGCCAAAGUAACAAGGAACAUCAGCCAUUGCAAUUGCAGAAGGGCACUUGAAGGGAAAACAGAAUUUUCCUUCUGGGCUAUUGUUCCCACUAGAAUAUAAAAAUAUAUUACAGGCUGAGGCAUAAGAGGUGUGUGUGUGUGUGUGUGUGUGUGUGUGUGUGUGUUGUAGGUGUAUACACUCAUGCUCAGACGUAUAUAUGGAAAUGGAAAUCCAUAAUUUUCUGUAUAUUAUUUAGCCAAUAUUAUUUGAUGCAACUUUUUAAUUUUGCUGAACAGAAAGGAACUGCAACCCUCAGAGGCUCUGCUUCUUGGCCAUGUUUUGCCUGAGCAUGUGUGAAGCCUUUCCUCAACCUGUCGGCCUUUUCUUUUUUUUAGAUAACAGGAAUGGUCAAGCCCAAUUAGAUGAUGUAGCUUUUGCAGUGUACAUACAUUUCAGGGAUUGUGAACUUUGUGAAAGGUGACAACUGGAUGGAAUGAACGGAGAGUUACUGUCAAUUAAAUGAUGUGCACAAAGGUUCACACAUCCUAAUGAGUUGCUUCUCGCACCGUGUUUCCCAUGGCCCCAGGUUCUACAAGGCUAAGCAAUAUUUCAGAGAGGGGCAUGACCAGAAGCUUUUAAGCCUAAGUAGUGAGGUCUUUGUAACUCACAACUUAGAUCUACUUUAAUGUGUAAGCCAUAUUCUCUAUGCAUAUUUAGUAUGCAUUAUUGUAAUUUAAUAUGUAUUUGUGUGCAGACUAUAUAAAAUGCUUCUAAAUGUUCUGUGAAUUAGAUUCCAAGUGCUACUAUCAUCUAAAUCUUGUUAAAUAAUUGAAUUGUAUCAUAGCUAUUAUAAUGUGAUGGAUAUUUUAAAUAUCAGCAGUAAAGAUUGAUCUAUAAUAAUGAGUUGAGAAGAUUAAUAGGAAUGUGUAUCUUAGUAGCCUUUGUCCUUUAAAAUGGACAUUUUAUUUCUAUUUAUGGAGAAACUGUAACUACUGCUUUUGAUGUCUUCUUUUUUAAAAUGAGAUAUUUACUAUCUAGAAAAUAAUUACUUUUAAAGUAGAAUCUGAGAGUCUAAGAAGUCUAAUUACUAUUGUUCCUAAUUGAGCCAGUUGUCUUUCAGUAAAACUAGAAUCUUCGGAGGGAAGAAGAAAUUGAAGUUCUGCUCCUCUCAUGGCGUAGAAAACACAUCUAUUUUGUUUCUUUGAUCUCUAUGCUCGGUUAAUAUAAAUUAAGGAAUACACACAUUGAUUAAUAUAUAUUUGCUGGCCUAAUUGUCCAGGCUACGUGACUUAUAGAGCACUGUGACCAACUGGCAGGGGUAGUUGGGGAGGCACACUGCUUCAUAGCUGUCACACUGCCUGGACCAUGUAUGCUACUCCUCACUUCCCUUCUUUUCCCUCCUAUCCCCACGAUGCCCAAUGUGUCUCGUAUUUAGCCUUUGGCCAUCCAUACCCCUUCCUCCCUCUUUCUCCAUAGGACAGCUCCCACUGGGAGCUAAUAAGUAGGAGUCACACUGGAGGCCACAUAUGCCUCCAAAUGUACAGAUAUAGGUGUGAGAGGCCACACCAUGAGGCGGGACUGACUCUCUCCAUAGGCGGCUGCACCUGCUUUGCAUUUUUACCCACCAUACACUUGCAAGUUCAUUUGCCUUUCGUUUAACCAGAACUUUACUUUUUAACAUGACAACCUAUGAUUCCUGUGUUUUUACUAUGCUGUAACUCUCUGUAUUUCCUACUAUAUAUGAUUGCUAAUUAAAUCAUAUUUGAUGAAAAUUA